UAGCCUUUAGUUGUCCAUUAACUUGGUAACUGCAACUCAAAACAUCUCCACUUUCCCCUAUAAAUAAUAGCCCACUUCCCUUCUCUCUCUCACGCACACAACAGAACCGAACUCAGAUCAGAUAGCUUUUCCUCUCAAGAUGAUGCAGGUGGUUGGGAAAAUAGUUGUGGCUCUGAUAGUGGUGGCGUUGGCGAGUUCAGAGAGGGGAGAGAGCAGGAAGGCGAGGGACGUGACGACGACGUCGUUCGAGUACGCGGCGAUAAAUUGCAGAGCGCACAGUGCAUCGUUGAGCGACUACGGAGGGGUGGGAGACGGGAAGACAUCGAACACGAAGGCAUUUCAGACUGCGAUAAGCGAACUGAGCAAGUACGUCGAAGGAGGGGCUCAGCUGUACGUUCCGCCGGGGAAAUGGCUCACCGGCAGCUUCAGCCUCAUCAGCCACUUCACGCUUUAUCUUCACAGGGACGCUGUUCUUCUGGCUUCUCAGGACAUAAACGAGUGGCCAGUGUUAAAGGCCCUCCCGUCGUACGGACGAGGGAGAGAUGCCGCCGCCGGAAGGUUCAGCAGCCUCGUCUUCGGCACCAACCUCACCGAUGUCAUCAUCACCGGGGACAAUGGGACGAUAGACGGUCAGGGUGCAUUCUGGUGGCAGCAGUUCCACAAGGGCAAGCUCAAGUACACCCGGCCCUACCUCAUCGAACUCAUGUUCUCCGACAACAUUCAAAUCUCCAAUCUCACCCUCCUCAACUCUCCCUCUUGGAAUGUCCAUCCUGUUUAUAGCAGUAACAUUGUUGUCCGAGGAAUCACCAUUCUAGCUCCUGUCACCUCCCCCAACACUGAUGGCAUCAACCCAGAUUCUUGCACCAACACCAGAAUUGAAGACUGUUACAUAGUUUCUGGAGAUGACUGUGUGGCCGUCAAGAGUGGCUGGGACGAGUAUGGCAUACAGUUCGGAUGGCCCACCAAACAACUCGUCAUCAGGAGGCUCACCUGCAUCUCCCCUUACAGCGCCACCAUUGCCCUGGGAAGCGAAAUGUCCGGCGGCAUCGAGGACGUCCGGGCCGAAGACAUCACCGCCAUCCACACAGAAUCUGGAGUCAGAAUCAAAACUGCUGUAGGAAGAGGAGGGUUCGUGAGGGACAUCUACGUCCGGAAGUUCACGAUGCACACCAUGAAAUGGGCGUUCUGGAUGACUGGCAACUAUGGCUCUCAUGCUGAUAAGAAGUAUGACCCCAAUGCAUUGCCUGAGAUCAAGAACAUCAACUACAGAGAUGUGGUGGCUGAGAAUGUGAGCAUGGCUGCUAGGUUGGAGGGCAUUGCCAAUGACCCUUUUACUGGAAUUUGUAUGGCCAACGUCACCAUUGGGAUGGCCGCCAAGGCCAAGAAGCAGCACUGGACGUGCACAGAUAUCAAUGGCAUCACGAGCGGAGUGACGCCGCCGCCCUGUGAUUUGUUGCCGGAUCAGGGGCCGGAGAAGAUCACAGCGUGUGAUUUUCCAAAGGAGACCCCGCCCAUUGACGAGCUGGAGUUCAAGAAGUGUAGCUAUAGAUUGAAAGUUGCAUGAUUAGCAUGUUAAAAUGAACCACUUAUAUCAGUCAAUGUAGGUUAUCCUUGUAAGGUUAGUCUUUCAGAUUAACCAAAAGAUAUUGCUCCAGCUUAGCAACGAGUUAUCUUAAACUCGGGUUUUUUCAGAUGAGUUACGUCCAACAAAACCAAUCCAAAUUAUGAAACACUGUUAUCAACAUCAA